CUGACCACGAAGAAGCGAGUAGAGAAAAAUUAUUGAACGAAAAAAAAAGUGAACGAAAAACAGCAGAAAAGUCAUCGUCGAAAACGUCGCAGCAAGUGAAAAAGAGGCAAUAAGCAAGAACCGGAAAGCCACAGAUCCGAGGAAACUAAAAAAAACAGAUUUCUUUCCCCCAAGUGCAUUGAGAGAAAGCCAGAGCCAAGAUGAAUGAGGAAUACGAUGCGAUCGUGCUCGGCACAGGCCUGAAGGAGUGCAUCCUCAGCGGGAUGCUGUCCGUGUCCGGCAAGAAGGUGCUGCAUAUUGAUCGGAACAAGUACUAUGGCGGCGAGUCGGCCUCGAUUACACCGCUGGAGGAGCUGUUCCAGCGCUAUGGCCUGGAGGCGCCCGGCGAACGGUUCGGGCGUGGCCGCGACUGGAACGUGGACCUCAUCCCCAAGUUCCUGAUGGCCAACGGCCAGCUGGUCAAGCUGCUCAUCCACACGGGCGUCACCCGCUAUCUGGAGUUCAAGUCCAUUGAGGGCAGCUACGUAUACAAGGGCGGCAAGAUUGCCAAGGUGCCGGUGGACCAGAAGGAGGCCCUGGCAUCCGAUCUCAUGGGCAUGUUUGAGAAGCGACGCUUCCGGAACUUCCUCGUCUAUGUGCAGGACUUCCGGGAGGAUGAUCCCAAGACCUGGAAGGACUUUGACCCCACCAAGGCCAACAUGCAGGGUCUGUACGACAAGUUCGGACUGGACAAGAACACGCAGGACUUCACCGGCCACGCCCUGGCCCUGUUCCGUGAUGACGAGUAUCUGAACGAGCCGGCCGUGAACACCAUCCGGCGCAUCAAGCUCUACUCGGACUCGCUGGCGCGGUAUGGCAAGUCGCCCUACCUCUAUCCCAUGUACGGCCUGGGUGAGCUGCCCCAGGGAUUCGCUCGGCUGUCGGCCAUCUAUGGCGGCACCUACAUGCUGGACAAGCCCAUUGACGAGAUUGUGCUGGGCGAGGGCGGCAAGGUAGUUGGAGUGCGCUCCGGCGACGAGGUCGCCAAGUGCAAGCAGGUCUACUGCGAUCCCAGUUAUGUGCCCGAUAAGGUGCGCAAACGUGGCAAGGUGAUUCGUUGCAUUUGCAUUUUGGACCAUCCGGUGGCCAGCACCAAGGACGGUCUGUCCACGCAGAUUAUCAUUCCACAGAAGCAGGUGGGCCGCAAGUCGGACAUUUAUGUGUCGCUGGUGAGCUCCACCCACCAGGUGGCCGCCAAGGGCUGGUUCGUGGGCAUGGUCUCGACCACCGUGGAGACCGAGAAUCCGGAGGUUGAGAUCAAGCCCGGCCUGGACUUGCUCGAGCCGAUCGCACAAAAGUUUGUGACCAUCUCGGACUACUUGGAGCCGAUCGACGAUGGAUCCGAGUCGCAGAUCUUCAUCUCGGAGUCGUACGACGCGACCACGCACUUCGAGACCACUUGCCUGGAUGUGUUGAACAUAUUCAAGCGCGGCACUGGCGAGACGUUCGACUUUUCCAAGAUCAAGCACGAGCUGGGCGACGAGGAGCAGUAAGCGGGGAGCACGAAGAGAGGCCUCAUCUGGUUAUGGUGCAUAUGGACAGCUCAACAUCAGCCACAAAAAACAUUGUAGAUCGUCUCGGCGUCGUGGCCAAAACCUUAAAAACAUACCCAAGAUAAAUGAAAAACCCUAAAUAA